AUGUCGUCUCUGUGUGUGCGAUGGCACCGCGGCGUGUUGAGAGUGUACGGGCGGGUUCCCGGCGGUGAGGCGGACGCUUCCUUGACAUACGUGCGCUCCAGCGACCCAGUGUCGCUGAGCUCUGGAGUUUGCGGCUGCUGCGGGCCGUUGAGGCCUCGUUACAAACGUCUAGUGGAUAACAUCUUCCCUGAGGACCCAAAGGAUGGUCUGAGUAAGUCGGACAUGGAGAAGCUGACCUUCUACGCCGUGUCUGCUCCGGAAAAGCUGGACCGCAUCGGGGCGUACCUGGCGGAGCGACUCAGCCGCGACGUGGUGCGACACCGCUACGGGAAUGUGGUGAUUGCUAUGGAGGCCCUGGACCAGCUUCUCAUGGCGUGCCACUCGCAGAGCAUCAAACCCUUUGUGGAGAGCUUCCUGCACAUGGUGGCCAAGCUGCUGGAGUCCCGAGAACCGGACCUGCAGGUUCUGGGGACCAACUCGUUUGUUAAAUUUGCCAACAUCGAGGAGGACACUCCGUCUUACCACCGCCGCUACGACUUCUUCGUGUCUCAGUUCAGUGCCAUGUGUCACUCCACCCACGAGGACCCAGACACCAGGAGCAGGAUCCGCGUGGCGGGAAUUAAAGGCUUGCAGGGGGUGGUCCGAAAGACUGUCAACGACGAGCUCCAGGCCAUCAUCUGGGAGCCGCAGCACAUGGACAAACUGAUCCCGUCCAUGCUAUUUAACAUGCAGGACGCUGACGACCUUGACAGGAAUGGGGCGGGGCACCCCAGCACGCCAUGCGUGUCCGUUCAGGACGGCGAGGAGAACCCGUCCACGUUAGCGGAGAGCUGCUUCCGGGAACUGCUGGGACGCGCAGCCUACGGCAACAUGAACAACGCUGUGAGACCUGUGCUGGUGCACCUGGACAACCAUCACUUGUGGGAGCCCAAUGAAUUUGCAGUCUCCUGCUUCAGGAUCAUCAUGUACUCAAUCCAGGCGCAGCACUCUCACCACGUCAUCCAGCAGGUCCUGGGCCACCUUGAUACCCACAACAAAAACACCCCCAGGGUGCGCGCUGGCAUUGUGCAGGUGCUACUGGAGACUGUGGCCAUCGCUGCCAAAGGCUCCGUGGGUCCCACGGUGCUGGAGGUGUUCGACACGCUGCUCAAGCACUUGAGGAUGAGCGUGGACCUAGAACUGGGCGAGAGUUCGCGCAGGAACUCGGCCUGCAGCGCUUCAUCGGGCCGCGCCAAGGAGAGCGACGAGCGCAUCGUGCAAAACGCCAUCAUUCGGACCGUUGGAUUCUUUGGGGGAAACCUGCCUGACUACCAGAGAGCUGAGGUGAUGAUGUUUAUCAUGGGCAAGGUGCCAGUCUACGGGACCCCCUGCCACGCGUUGGACACCGUCAAGAUUGGGCAUCAGGGAACCAAAAGGAUCCAGACCAUGCUGCUCAGCUCCCUCAUUAUGGUGACAUCGGGUUUCAAGUCCAAGUCGAUGACGGGCGCGCUGCCGUCCCCCUUCCUUGACCCGCUUUUGUCCAUCUCGCUGAUGGAGGACGGCGAGCUGCGGCAACUGGUGCUGGAGAUCUUGCACAACAUCAUCGACAGACACGACAACCGCGCCAAGCUCCGAGGCAUCAGGAUCAUCCCCAACGUGGGCGCUCUGAAGAUCAAACGAGAAAAGAUCUCCAAGCAGGAUGUGGCCUUCAUGAAGAAGCACGGCCAGCAGCUGUACCGCCACAUCUACCUGGGCUGCAAGGAGGACGACAACGCGCACAAGAACUUCGAGCUGCUCUUCACCACGCUCGCCGUCCUCACCAUCGAGCUGGCCAACGAGGACGUCGUCAUUGAGCUCGUGCGACUGGCCGUCGCGCUCCAGGACAUGGCCUUGUCCACGGAGGAGAAUUUGUCCAUGUGGCUGCGCUGCAGCGUCUUGGCCUUAGUGGCGGCGUACCUCAACUUCCUCGGCCAGAUGAUCGCGAACACCGCCUUCUGCCAGCACGUCAGCAAGGUCAUUGAGCUGAGGAACAUGGAUGCUCCCUACCUUCUCCCGGAACACGUCUUCAGGGACAAGUGCUCGCUUCCCGAACGCUUGGACAAGGACGAUGCGGCGCUCUUCUUUCAGAGCGCCGAUAUGGCCGACAGUCUGGCGGGGGCGGGCUAUAACGCAGACAGACUCAACGUUCCUUACGUGCCGCAGGUCACAGAUGAAGAUCGUCUGACCAGGAGGAAGAGCUUGGUGGACACCGUCUCGCUGCAGGUGGACAUCUUGGCCAGCAGCCUGCCCGACAAGUCGCAACUUGCCGAGGAGAUCACCUUCGAGACCCUGAAGAAAGCUAUUGACACGAGCGUCCUGGAGGAUCAAGAACGCGAGCGUCGUCGUCAGGUGAUGGAGAAAUUCCAGAAAGCGCCGUUUGAAGAGAUCGCCGCGCACUGCGAGUCCAAGGCCAACAUGCUGCACGAGCGUCUGACGCACAUCUUCGAACUCACUAUCAGACCUCCCCCGAGUCCGUCCGGCGUGGUGUCCGUAUCUUCGGGCCACGCCCAGCACCAGUCCGUGCCCGUCUAUGAAAUGAAAUUUCCUGACUUGUGCGUCUACUAA